AUGCCUCCGGCAGAGCUGCACAAGAUCAUAGCCAUGGACUUGCCAGAGAUCAGGAAUGCUGUCUUUCGAUAUCUGACCCGCAGGUCUCUUGUGAGAUUUAUGCGGAUUAACAAGGCGUGGCACGAAUCGGCAGCGGCAUUGAUUUGGGAAUCGCUCAGUUUGACCGCCAUGCAACAAAUGCCAUCUGUCGAGGCUCUCCGACGGUAUGCUUAUUUGGUCAAGACUCUCCAAAUAAGCUCCAAUAUCAAUGACCAGAUAGUGGCUGAGUGCGCCGCAUUGAAUUUUUCAAAACUCCAAAAGUUGCGCUUGAAUCUUACGGCCGGCAAUGCGACUCAUGUAUACGACCUCAUCUCUCGACAUUCGACCUUAACGUCCUUGGAUCUGAGUUAUCACGGCACGCCCUGGGAGCCAUUCUUCGACGACCCUCACCUGGGGGAGGCAAUCGCCAGUUUGCCAAAUCUGAAUACUCUUCAUCUUCAAUUUUGAGGCUCCUAGCGCUACCGUCAUACUCUCCAGAUUACAAACAUUGUGUUUGAUAUAUGCUGC